ACGUCUCAAUCGUUUCAUAUGCCUCUUACGUUAUAUUAAAAGCUAUUUAAAGUGUUCCCCUCACUCAAUAUUAUUUAUGUGUUAGGAGAGGUCAAUUGCCUUUGCAUAUUCUAUCUCAUAUCGAUCAAUUUGUAAUAAUGGCCAGUGAGAGAAUUCUCAAGCCAUCUAAAUGGUUCUCAAACAAAUCACUAAAGCUUAGUCUUCAUCGUGGAAGAUCAAGAUCCUCCUCCAAUAACUCAUUAUCGAGUAACUCUCCCAGUCCAAGAUCACCCAUGUCGAAUAAUCGAGAGAUCAAUGGGCUAAUGGAGGCUUUUCGUCACUUUGAUAAUGAUGGAGAUGGGAAAAUAUCGGCCUAUGAGCUAAGGUCAUAUUUUGGGUCCAUUGGGGAGCACAUGUCUCAUGAGGAGGCUGAAGGGGUCAUCCAUGACCUAGAUUCCGAUGGGGACAACUUGUUGGACUUCAAGGAUUUCACCAAGCUCAUGAAGAGGGAUGUUGGUGGUGAUGAGCAUGAUGAUGAAGGGGAUCUAAGAAGGGCUUUUGAGAUGUUUGUGUGGGAGAAAGAAGGGUGUGGUUGCAUCACCCCAAAAGGGUUGCAAAGGAUGUUGCAUCGCCUUGGUGAUGACAAGUCCUAUGAUGAGUGUGUGGCCAUGAUUGAUGCCUUUGACAUUGAUCACAACGGGCUCCUUGAUUUCGAUGAGUUUUACCAAAUGAUGGCCUAAUUAUCAAUAUUGGUCCGUUAAAUGUUAAUUCAUAUGUAGUAUGCAUGUUUCUUAUGUGAGAAAUAUGUGUGGUUAGCAUUCCUCUUAUGUAUAUGGUUUGUUUUCAAUCCAAACCGGAUCCAAUUGCGGAGUUUAAUGGAUGCUUCAGUACUUGAACUUUUAUGUAAAUAUGUACAUGGAGGCCAGUGGAACUAGUACUUGUUGUAUUUUCAAAUAAAGCACGGUUUAAUUGAGGUUUCUUAAAUGCAAAUAGAUUAUUAUAUUAAGUAUUUUAA